AUGCUUCCAAAACCUCCAAAAACACAAACGCAUCCUCACAUCCAGCCUCCUAACAACCGACCCAAUCCAAAAACUCCUCCGCAAACAACCUCAACCCCCCACCACAAACCCAACCGACCCCCCUCACAACAAUCUCCCCCCCUCGUCCAUGCCGCCGGCGCACACGCCUCCUCAAACCACCACCGCAUUGCCUUCGGCGCAACAGCCUUCCCAUUCAAAGACCCAUCCCCGACAGCCAAUGGCGCGACCCUCCUCGGCGUGCGCAUCGACGUAUGCGCGCGGAAUGGCCGCUUCGCAAAACCAUACUACGUAAUCCUCCAAAAGGAGCGAAGUCGGGCUGGUCCGGGCGCAGGUGGUGCUAGCUCGAAGGUCUUGAAGGUGUAUCGACACACCGUGCCGGCGUUUAUAUCGAUAGCGAAGCUGGAGAGUGUUUACCUGCCACGGCCUGGUGUAACCCGCGCCAAUGGAGAUGGGGAUGGCGGAGGUUCAUCUGGCGAGGAUGAGGACACUGAGCCCGCGAAGCCGUGGAAGAAGGGCGGCAACUCUGCCCGGAAACAAGAUCUGCGGGGAUUUGUGCGCGAGCUUCGGAGGGAGCUUGUUGCAUGGCAUAUGCGUGUUGAUGCGGUUGAGUUCCUGCGUGAGAAGUUGGGUCUUGUUGGUGAGGGUGGGGGGCCGUUGCCGUUUGAUGUUUCGCCGGAUCGAGAUACUGGGAUUGUGUCUUUGGCUGCUGUUGCGACUGAGGCGCGGUAUGUGCGGGUUGAGUGGGUUGAUGGACGGGUUGGGCGGUUUAAGUUGUCUAAUACUGGAAUUGUGGAGCGGGCUGUUGUUAUUGGUGAUCAGGGUCGGGAUAAGAAGGUCGAGGAUGCGAUUACUGGGGGUGGUGGGAGGGUUGAGACGGUUUUGGAUAGGUUGAGGGUUGAGGUGUUGUCUAGAUCACCUGGGUUAUGA